AUGAAACCGGAAGAGGGUGCCGAGCCGCUCUGCAGCGACCUCCUCGCCCACAAGCACUUGCAGCGCAUGAUCAAGGACACCAAGCUGUCGGCGCCGCUGCUUGCGGCGCUGCCGGCGGCCAUGCUUGGCGAUUGGGCGGCGUCCAACCGCGGCGCGUUCGUGCUCGUCGCGUUCUUGGACCACGCCGAGGCGAAGAAGACGCUCUCGAGCGCGGUCAAGGCCAAGAAGCUCUCGAAGGAGGCCAAGGCCCAAGCUGGCACGAAGCUGCUCUUGGAGAAGCUCGACCU